UGUUAGGCACCAUGUCUGGCAGAGGCAAGGGCGGGAAGGGGCUCGGCAAGGGCGGCGCCAAGCGCCACCGCAAGGUGCUGCGCGAUAACAUCCAGGGCAUCACCAAGCCCGCCAUCCGCCGCCUGGCUCGGCGCGGCGGCGUCAAGCGCAUCUCGGGGCUCAUCUACGAGGAGACGCGCGGCGUGCUGAAGGUGUUCCUGGAGAACGUGAUCCGCGACGCCGUCACCUACACGGAGCACGCCAAGAGGAAGACGGUCACUGCCAUGGACGUGGUCUACGCCCUUAAACGCCAGGGACGCACCCUCUACGGCUUCGGUGGCUGAACUCGACUCCCGGGUUACCUUAGGCUUUUAGAACACAAAGGCUCUUUUCAGAGCCACCCACAAAUUUC